UACAGGCUGUGUGCAGCCCUCCCCUUUCCUAUCCCAGUCAACAGGAAGACUGGAGCCUGCAAGGAGACAGGGAGAGGGAGAGGCAGAGAGAGGGAGAGAGAGAAGAACUCCCUUUUCCCUUUUCCAUUCUGCUGGGAAAAAGAAAAAGUCACUCAAUAGAGACAGAGAGAUAUAAGCCCCUAUUCUGCAGGGAGAGAGAGAAAGAGAGACAGAGGGAGAUAAGUCCCAUUCUGCAGGGAGAGAGACAGAGAGAGAGAGAGAGAGAGAGAGCAGAAAGAGGACACGGUGGUCGAGCAACUCACAGAACAACAAGAGGAAACCGGACCAAGGCGGCGGCAUGAUCAACACUCAGAACGACGUGAAGAAAAUCCAGCUGCAUUACCUCCAGAACGUGGAGAAGAUGAAGCAGGGCUUAAAACCCGAGAAGAAAAGCUGGAAGCCCAAAGACGCGGAGCUCCUGAGGAAGUCGGCCAUGGAGAAGCAGCGCAAGCCCACCAAGACGUCCCAACAACAAAACCCGCCGCCCCCACAACAACAGGCGUCCAAGGCCUCCAGGCAGAGGCUCAGCCGGGACCUGACCUGCUCCAUAUGUCUGGACCUGUUCAAGAAGCCCGUCUCGCUGCCCUGCGACCACACCUUCUGCAAGGGCUGCAUCGCCGGCUACUGGGCCGGCCCCAGGUCCACGGGGCCGGGCGGGACGGGCAGCUGCCCCCAGUGCAGGAAGGUGAGCCCCGGGCUCAGCUACAGGCCCAACCGCAUCGUGGCCAACAUCGUGGAGAGCUACUGCCAGGGCCUGGAGGAGGAGAAGGGGACGGGGGUCCAGUUUCAACAGGUGGAGGGGAAGCUGGACCUGGAUGAGCGGGAGGUGGAGGAGGAGGAGGAGGAGGAGGAGGAGGAGGAGGAGGAUGACGUCAGGGUGGCCCCUCCGCCGCCGCCGCCGGUCCCACGCUGCCUCAGACACCGCGAGGAGCUGAAGCUGUACUGCGAGGAGGACCAGGAGCUGGUGUGUCUGGUGUGUGCGAUCUCCCAGGGGCACCGGAGCCACAACCUGCUGUGUGUGCAGGAGGCCGAGCAACAGUACAAGGUUUCUCUGAACAGCUCCAUAGACUCUCUGAAGACGGAGCUGGACACCGCCAUGCGUUGUGACGAGGAGGCUGAGGAGGAGGCGCAGAAACUCAAGGAGCACACGGCGGACCUGAAGCAGCGCAUCGAGGCCCAGUUCAGCGACCUGCACCAGUUCCUGUACCAGGAGGAGAAGCUGCUGCAGGUGAAGCUGAAGACGGAGGAGCGCCGCGAGCUGAUCCGCCUGGACGAGCACAAGGCGCUGCUCUGCGUGGAGAUCUCCCGCCUGCAGGGGGCGCUGCACGAGGUGGAGGCGCAGCUGCAGGAGCAGGACCCCUUCGCCCUGCUGCGGGGUAUUAAGACCCUGCUCCAGAGGCCGCAUGUGAAGUUUGAGAGGCCCGUGCUCACGCCGCCCAGCCUGUGUGAGGGCCGCUUUGCCGGGCCCCUGCAGUAUCGAGUGUGGAAGUCUCUCAAAGGGAGUCUGUACCCAGUCCCCGCCGCCAUCACCUUCAACGCUAGCACGGCCAACCCGUGGCUCAGCCUGACGUCCUCGCUGACGUGCGUCCGCUACCAGACGUUCAACCGCGCCAUACAGGACAACCCGCACCGCUUCAACGCCGCGCUCUCUCUGCUGGGCAGCCAGGGCUUCACACACGGGCGCCACUACUGGGAGGUGGAGGUGCACAGCAGCGCCGUGUGGACGGUGGGCGUGGCCCGGGAGUCCGUGGACCGCAAGGGCGUCAUCAAGGCGCUGCCCGCCAACGGCUUCUGGACGCUGUCGCUGUCGUACGGCGUGCAGUACAUGGCGGGCACGUCGCCGCCCAGCGUGCUGGCGCUGGAGGAGCCGCUGGCGCGCGUUGCCGUCUACCUGGACUACAAGCGCGGUCUGGUGUCCUUCUACAACGCCGAGAGCAUGACCCACCUGUACACGUUCCGGGAGCGCUUCGCCGAAACACUGUACCCGUACUUCAACCUGGGCUUCCUGGACAAGGUGCACGAGAACGAACCGCUUAAGGUGUUCGUGCCGAAGAUCUGAGGUCAGUGCUGAAUAUGUGAAGUCGGUGACCGGUUUGGGGGGAAGGGGGGACGAGGGUGCCUGGUGUUUGGUGGUGGAAAUGUGACCCGAGAAUGGAAGGUUUAUAGAGUAGGUUAUGUGUGUAUGUUUGACAACGUAAAUUUACAGCAAUGUGAAAAAAAGACAUGUAACAAAUGGUGAACAUGUGCCGUAUCUCGGACCAAAUA